UUGUUAAAUCGUUCUCUAGCGACGGCAGAACCAACCGUCUCGGCGCGUUCUCGCCUCCCCCUGUCUCCAUCUCCGUUUAAAACCCCCCACUUCCCCGACUUCCCUGCUUCCUCGCGUCAGAGAAGAAAGUGAGAGAGUAUUAACGUCUCCUUCGCUUGCUUCAUAGCUAAAGUGCACGAUCUCUCUCUCUCUCUCUCUCUCUCUCUCUCUCUCUCUCUCUCUGAGAUCGAUCGAGGAAUCGAUGAAGGAAGCGGCGGCGCCACCCCCCAAGACUCCGGCGGAGCUGACGACCGGAUCUCCAUCGGCAAGCCGCCCGAUCCGCCGCCGGACCGGAUCCUCUUCGAGCUCCGCCUCUUCCCUUUCCUCGGCCAUUCCUUCAUCCUCUCCUUCCCCGGCCCACCGAUACCUUUUUCCCCUCCGCUCCUCCUCCGCCGUCCCUUUCUCCUGGGAGCACCUCCCCGGCGUCCCCAAAAACCCCAAAUCCUUCCCCUCCCCCGCCGUCCCCCACCGCCUGCUUCUCCCCCUCCCUCCCCCUCUCCGAUCCAAACCCGACACCUCGAUCCCCCGCAAGAAGCGAUCCGACGCCCGAUUCUCCAACCUCGCCCCCGCCGACCCCUUCGCCGCCGCCCUGGCCGAGUGCACCAAGGACGAUCCCGCCGGGACAGGACUGGCCAAACUCUGGGGGGAGCCCCCAGCCGGAGCUCCGCGGCGGAGGGCCUUGGCGACAGCGGCGAUCACCCACCGGUUCGGGCUCUUCGAUCUGUACGGUUCCUGCAAGAUCUCGUGCUCCGUCGCCGACGCCAUCAUCCAUGUCCCCCGGCCUGGCCCCCGCCCCGCCGCGUACGGCUUCCUCAACCGCCGGUCCAGCUCCUGACCCCCAAUCCGGUCCGGUGUCCGUCCCGUCCCAAGAUAAGUACAUAAAUAAAAUUAAGAAAAAAAAAAUAAAUCUUCUGUUAAUUAUUUGUUUUUCCAAUGUUUAAUGCCGCUGCCUUUUGCCUUAAUUUUCUCCCUCUUCUAUAUCGAUGUAGACCACGUUCUAUAUGGCAAAUUUUUAAUAUGUAACACUCGAUGUCGAGAUUAUUGCUGCUACCAAACCGUUUUCCUCCACGCUGGCAUCCGACGUGGCACAAGAAGAUUGGUGCGAAGUACCAAUGCCUUAUGCCACGUGGAAUGCUAGCAAUGCAGGGGGGCACCUUUGUAAUA